GUUUUCUGUUCAUUCCCGCCCUGCAGGACCCUGUCGGCAUGUCCCAAGAUCUUCCUGAAGCUCAAUCCUCCCUGACCAACAACAACCUUACGUCAGUUACAACCUACCAGUACGAGUACACAGGUUGGAACUGCUCUGUUGGCACAACCUGAUGAACUGAACAAUUCAGAGCUCGGGUCUAGCCCUCGAGCCAACUUUUAUCCCCGGCUUCAUUCCGUAACAUCGAUACCGACUGACUUCCCGUUUACGACCAGGGCGAAUCCCCGACGAACACCUCCGGCGCGCCCGACAUACAAAUGCGUUUGGGCCUAGUAGUUUGCAGAUAACAUGGGCUGGACACUGGCGGCCAAAGCGACGGCGCUGCUGGGCUCGCUGCUCCUUGCGGCGGCCGGCGCAACUGCACAAGGCGCGGGCAAGCUGCAGGUUAAUCUUGAUUCCAGCGAUGAGAUCAAAAAUGCCGCGAAGCUUGUUGCGGAAAACCUAAUGACAUAUUACCACGGAGACGAACCCGGCCAGACCCCGGGCAUACUCCCGGGGCCGCCGCCGGGCGGUCCAUACUACUGGUGGCAGGCCGGCGCCAUGUGGGGGACCAUCAUCGACUACUGGUUCUACACGGGCGACACGACUUACAACGACGAGGCGCUCCGGUCUAUGGUGUUCCAGGCCGAGCCACCUGCCAACAGUUACAUGCCGCGGAACUGGACCGCCUCACUCGGCAACGAUGACCAAGGGUUCUGGGGCAUGGCGGCCAUGUCCGCUGCUGAGACCAACUUUCAGAAUCCGCCCGAGGGCCAACCGCAGUGGCUGGCGCUUGCCCAGGCCGUGUUCAACACUCAGGCCGCCCGGUGGGACACGAACACAUGCAACGGUGGCCUGCACUGGCAGAUCCCGCACACCAACGGCGGCUACAACUACAAGAACACGAUCGCGCAGGUCGUCUUCCUUAACCUUGCUGCCCGCCUGGCCCGCUACACGAAGAACGAGACCUACGCCAAAUGGGCUGACACGGCAUACGACUGGACCAGGGGUGUCGGCUACAUCACGGAUGACUGGAACGUGCUGGAUGGCGGCCACGAAGAGUACAACUGCACCGACAUCAACCCGGUCCAGUUCUCCGCGAACAAAGCCCUACUCAUCCACGGCGCCGCCAUCAUGUACAAUUACACCAACGGCUCCGACAAAUGGAAGACGCGCGUCGAAGGCCUGCUGAACCACACCAUCGAGUUCUUCUUCCCCGAGGGCAUUAUGGUCGAGCGCGCCUGCGAGCUUGAAGACCGGGUGCAAUGCAACGUCGACCAGCACUCCUUCAAGGGGUACAUGCACCGGUCGCUCGCGACAGUGGCCAUCGUGGCGCCCUUCACGCGCGACGCCAUCCUCAAGGUGCUGCGCUCCUCGACCGAGGGCGCCGUCUCAUCGUGCCUGGACGACGGCACCUGCGGCUUCCGCUGGAACACAGGCUCGUACGACGGCGACGUCGACAAGGGUCCCGCGGGUCAGCAGAUGAGCGUGCUCGCCGCGCUCUCCACGCUGCUAAUCAAUCAGCAAAAAGUGCUGGAGGGCCCGCUGACCAACGACACGGGCGGCACGAGCAAGGGGGAUCCGAAUGCGGGUAUCGACUAUAAUGAGAUAACGCCGCUCGCGCCCAUCACCACGGGGGAUAGGGCUGGCGCGGGCAUUGUGACGGUCGUGGUCCUCACGACGUUGUUGGGCAGCUUGGUGUGGAUGGGCAUGGGGUGGUCCGAGGGGGCGUAGCGGGCUUCCACAUCGUUCCAACUUUUCGUGUAACAUGGAGACAGCAAUGCGCUGGAAGUGUUAGUUGGAUUAGCAGAAUCGUUCAGGUCUGGCGUUUGGGUUUAAUAGCUUUAUGUCUCUGUUUCGGUAAUCUAAUGUUUCGGGUCCAUCCUGACUCGUCAUUCCAUGCU